AUGACCAAAAACUCCUUAAACCUCAACGCCAUCGCCCCUCUGAAGUGUGAAAAAGCUCUUCUCCGCGGUUACUUCAUACCCAUGGAUUUUCAAGUGGUAGUAUUAGCAGGUGGCUUCUCAAAAAGCCUUGUUCCUCUUGUUUCCAAGGAGGUGCCCAAAGCGUUGCUUCCAGUGGCAAACCGGCCGGUUCUGUCUUACGUGCUGGAGCAUUUUGAGCAAAACAAUCUCAAGGAUUUUAUUGUUGUUGUUGAAGGGGAAAGUGCAGCUCUUCUUGUUGGGGGUUGGAUUUCAAAUGCUUAUGUUGAUCGCCUACAUGUUGAGGUUGCAGCAGUCCCUGAGGAUAUCGGAACAGCUGGAGCUCUUAGGGCCAUUGAUCACCACCUGACUGCAAAAGACAUUUUGGUUGUGAGUGGUGAUCUUGUUUCUGAUAUUCCUCCUGGGGCAGUGGCAGCUGCUCAUAGACGACAUGAUGCUGCAGUGACCGCUAUGCUUUGUUCUACUCCUGUCAGUGGCCCAUCAGAGUCAG